GCUUUACUUUACUUCGGAACUCCGAGCAAUAAGUAUACACACACUACCCGUGCCGGCUUUAUUUCUUUUUUUUUUUAACGGACGCGUGGCUACCGAUUUUUUUCUACCUUUGAUCGGUAUACCGUACAGUGAGUUCGUUGGCACAGUGGAGAAGUGAUUUUUUUUUUGGUGUUUAGUGCUGGAGAAACUUGGAAGUUGGGAGAACUUUGCGGGAGAUUCGAACGCUCGUAUACACCCCACAAUCUGCGCGAGUUUCGAUGAGCGCGGGUGAACGCACUACACCGCCGCAGCAGUUAUCGGUUCCGAAGAGCAGGUGCGCAGGAAGACGGGACCUUUGAUGGAACUUUUAGCAGGAAUUUCGUGAUGUGCCAAACAAAGUCGGAGCAGUUUGAUGGAGAGCUCGGAUCGACAUGGAGGACGUAAUUCUCAAAAUUCUGCCUCUGCUUUGUUGUCUUCUUCAUGGAGUAUCUGGGCAACUGAUACGAGACACACGAUGUUUUCUGGAAAACGGCGCGACGGCGGCUCACCUGUUCGUCAGCGAGGACCAUCAAGUCGGCGACACGAUAGGCCUGCUCGGCGUACUCGGCGAUCCGGGACCCCAGGGUGACAUCGAGCUCCGGCUCCAGGAGCACGACAGCCCCGUUACCUUCUCGCCGCACUCGCGAAACCUCACCCUCACCAGGCCGCUCGACAAGGAGGGCGUCGAGGGACCCGCCAGUGUAUACAUCAACGUUAUAUGCGAGAGGAAGCACACUCUUGAUCCGGGGUUUGUCAUUCCUGUAAAUAUUCGCGUCACUGACGCCAACGACAACGCUCCGGAGUUCAUCAACGCGCCGUACGUGUUGAAUAUAUCGGAGGUCACGGUAGUGGGAACCAGAGUUUUGCAAGGCGUCAGAGCAGUGGACGCCGAUCAACCUGGGCCCUACUCGACGGUCCAGUACUCGAUUCUUCCAGGCCCGCACGCGGACUUCUUUGUGUUCGCCAAUGCCUUGGAAGGGACUCUCGUUCUUCGGAAACCACUGGACUACGAGACUUUGAGUAACUUUUCAGUCGGGAUUCGCGCUCAAGAUCAAGGAAAUCCACCACAAUCGUCGACAACAACGCUCUACGUGAACGUCAUCGACGCUGACGACCAGAAUCCUGCCUUUCUGAACGACCAGUACAAAGUUAGCGUUCCUCUGCAGAUAAAAACCCGAAAGAUUCUCCGAGUCGAUCCUGCGCCAAUCAAAGCUGUCGAUCAAGACGUGGGAAUCAGUGCCCCAGUGAGGUACUCCAUCCAAGGCGGCAUCUUACCCUUCCUCACCCUGAACCCCGAGACCGCCGACAUCAUCGUGACCAGACCCUUACAGGAUCACGAGCUGAUCUCGUCGGCGACUCUCGUGAUAAAGGCAACGCAAAUCGACAACGCGGAUCGCUACGCCUUGGCAACGGUUAUUGUUUCCCGCGAGGGAAGCGUGGAAGACGAUUCUGCAAACGGUGUUAUAGGCGGCCGUCUACCCGUGAGAUUCGUGCUGAAGGAUUAUCACGCGAGCGUUCCCGAGAACACUCCGCCAGGCAGCGUUAUUCUCACGGCGGGUGUCAAUAAAAUCGAUCCCAAUCUCAGGUUCUGGCUCGUUGGCGCCAAGGAGGAUCUCGACAGGUUCUCCAUCACCAACUCGGGAGAGCUGAUCCUGAAGGGGAACCUCGACUACGAGCGGAGGAUACAGCACAGUUUUCUCGUGCACGUCACCGACAAGCACAAUAACGACACGGCGAGAGUGAACGUUUCGGUGGAAGACGUGAACGAGUGGGAGCCGAGGUUCAGGCAUCCCAGAUACGAGUUCCACGCGAGAACCUUGAGAGAGGGUUCCAUUGUUGGAAGACUCGAAGCAGCCGACGGCGACAGAGGAGAUCGGGUGUCGCUGAGCCUCAGGGGACCGGAUGCCAGGUCUUUCGAAAUACGUGAUAAUGGAGAGUUGAUCCUUCGGUCCAUGGGUCCAUUCAACGGCACCAUAGCGCGAUUGGUUGCCAUUGCCUCCGACACUGGGAAACCUCCGAGAUCCAGUAUGAUACCGGUGAUAGUUCACCUGCCCAGUGCAGGAGCUACCCCAGUCGCAGCCAGGGCGGCUCCAGCUUGGCUGGGCAGCAGUGUUCUCUUGGUGGCGGUGUUCGGUGCUGUUCUUGGCCUCCUCGGGGUCGUUAUUUUAAUCCUCAUUUUAUACAUUUAUAAGCACAAAAGGCCAAAGAGCGGCGGAUCGGUGAGUUCCGUGGGCACGGGAUACCGAGAAAAGUCCCCGGUUCCCUCGGCCCUCAGCCCGACACCGCAAAUACUCGGCGCCAGUAUCCUGCAGGAUACACUGGAGAUAAGCAGGGAUAGACGUUGCGGAUCCAACGAUAUCGACAAUCCCGUUUUCGGAGAAGAUAACGAUAGCUACAACGCUACGAUCAAAAGUGUCAUAUCAAACAGACAAAUGUCGCUGUACUCGAGGCACAAAGUGGCGCCUGCGCCAGAGCCACCCGCCUUGUCGGCGACGUCGAACAUACCGAACGUCGGCGGCCUCGUGCAGAACAUGAACGAUUUGAGCGCCCGGAGCAACAUCAACAACAUCGAGACAGGAUCGCAAAACUCCUCGAACUUCUCGGGGGAUCCCCCGGAUUCACUCGCGCCAACGUGGCCAGUCGAAUCCCUGUCCAGGAGGGUCAAGAAGCUGUCUUGGGACGACGAUGACAGGGGAUUUUUGUUUGUUCAGACGGUCGACAGUGUGGAAAUCGCUGCGGAAGCUCGGGCGGGCACCAGUCACGCCAACAACGAACAGCUGAACUUGACAGUGUAUUUUUGAGCUUCCAAUAUGUCAGAGAGAGAGAGAGAGAGAGAGAGAGAGAGAAAGAGAGAAACUCUUGUGUCUCGAAUUGUUGUACAGAAUACGUUGCGUCGCGCUGCAACGAUACUGCGGAGACGAAUGAGUACAUUGUAUGUACCUUGAUUUGUUUAAUAAAAAGAUAUUCAUACAC